AACGAAGCGAAGCACAGGCGCAAUCGAUUGCUGGGCUGUGGUUUGUUUCGCCAGAUCAAGCUCCACGCAGUAGAGAAAAUGCUGAAAAAAAUUUCGUAAUGGGGCCAGCUCCAGCAUUUUUCUUUGCUUCCCUUUUCUUUACUCCUUUGACUCGCCUUCUCUCACAGUUAAUGCUGCCAAUGAACAGACUUGCAAGGGGCUCCUCGAUGCUCGGACGCAGGGCGUACAGCCAGGCAAAGGACGGGUUUUCGAUCAAACAGCGUGCGCUGCCUACCACAACCUCAAUAAAGUACUCGAUCCCGCAAGACCCGUUCCUACUGGCAUCAAAGUUCCGCGAUGUGGCCCGCAACGGCAAGCUGGACGACGCGGUUGCCAUAGUGAUGCAGACAAAGACCAGAGACCAGUCGGUGGUCGUAUGGAACCUAGUGAUCAACGAGUACGCCAAGAUAGGGCGCCUGGGCCGGGCACUACGGGCGUUUACAGAGAUGCGCAAACGCGGGUUCAAGCCGACGCCAACAACAUUCACUGCACUGCUGAAGGCAUGCAGCCUCAGUGAUUCGGCCAACCGAGCACAGAUCGCCGGGGAACUGUUCGAUAUGAUGGACAGAUACAAGGUUGAGCCGACGCUGAUUAACGUCAACAGCCUGCUGAUGGUGUACCAGCGCAAUGAGAGUGUCGAGCCCUUGCUGGCAUGUUUCAACAACCUGCCAACAGAGGGCCCACUGGCGCCAUCGCUCGAGACAUACACGACGGUAAUCUCGACUUUGCGCCGCGAAUUCAUGAGGCUGCUGGAUGGGAAGCAGCCGGCGAGGUCGGCCAAGGAUGCAAGCACGUUUGUUGAAGCGCGGAGGCAUGCGCUGAACCGACAGAACCUGUACCGGUCGUUUGAGGCAAUCAUGGAUGUGUGGACAUCGUUUGUGGAGGAUGUGAGGCAUAGACAGCAGGGCCUGGCCCGUGAUACAGAGGUGCUGAUGGUUGAUGCCAAAAUUGUGAACAUGGUGUUGAAAUGCUGCCAUUCGAUAUAUAACGAGAACCGCUCGCUAGGACGGCGUGGAUUCAAGGUUGUGGAGGAUGUCUAUGGGCUGGACAAGAGUCUUGCACCUGGAAAGCAGGGUCCCGAUGCAAAGGCAGACGCCACGCCAUUGGUGGAUCUACUGAGUGAGCAGCUAGUGAACAGCGAUACAGGGCUGACAGCUAUCAAUACUAGCACCGUAGACUUGGUGCUGACGCUGUGUUCGAGAGAUGGCGAGGUGAUGAAGGCGAUUCGGUUCUGGCGGCGCUUGAUGCUGAGUCACCGGGAUAUGGUCCAGCCGUCAAAGCUUAACUAUGCGUCCUAUUUGAAUCUGCUACACCUGCGGUUAGAAAAGUUUGCUAUUCUGUGAGUUGGGCCAUAUUCGUGCAAUACAUAGACUCGUAUCGAAGAUUGGCUUAUCAGCAGGCUAUACGUGUUUAUUCCUUAUCUAGCUGGUGGUUUUUUUUUAGCGUUUUACUUGAAGAAAACAUGCGGAACCUGUGUUUGUUCUCUCCUGAGGUGGUUAGUGGCGAUACCUGCAUUUUUCAUGCUGAUAGGCGAUUGGGAUUGAGACUGAGAGUGGACAGGUAGUGUUUUAUCGAUCAGGCCAAAGAGUUUGUAGUACGCCUCGUUGGUGCAUGGAUAGCAUUUGUAUUUGUGAAUUCGCAUGUCUUCCACGGGGAACACGCAGUUGCAGCGGCAUAGGAGCAAGCCUCUGUAUAUCUCUGAAAAGCCCAGCACCACACACUCGUAUAAUUCGAUGUAGACUUUAUUCGGAGCGUGAGGAAAGGCGGUACUGGACAUGGCAGAUGUAUGUAACGUUUUAACUAUUUAGACAGUGGCUAUAAAG